AGUCGAGUCUCUCCAUAGUAUGGUUGGUCGUUUCGGCAGCGGAGCUCCGGUUGCGGGAUUUCCAUCCAUCGUUCAGAAAGAGUUUGACGGGUCAGGUCGCGACUGUAUCCCGCCUUUAUAGUCAUAACAAGGCGUGUUCUGUAACGGACUCUGAUCUACAUCAACAGCAGCGGGUUAUUCUUUUACUUUCUGUCGCAUUGCUGAGUGAUGGACAGCUCGCUGUAACUUGGAGCCGCGGGACACAGACCUACAGGAAGCUGAAGAACCACAAUGGGACCGAAGACUGAAGACUAGUGUAUGUGAGUGGCUGGAAGACCAUCAAGACCAGAGCUCAGCAGAACCGGUUCUGAUGGCAGAAAACGUCUCGUCUGGUCUGUUGGAGGCGUGUGUGGUGCUCGGAGUAUCCAAUGAACGUCUGAAAGAACUAAGCCUGCUGCAGGGUAAGGACAAAGAGCCUCUGGUGGAGGCGGAGGUGCUGCAGGUUCACGCGCCGCCGUUUGUGACGAAGGAGAGUUCCAGUAACGGCAUUGAACACAAUCACGCUCCGGCCUUCAGCAGAGUCCAGCGGAGACGCUCCUUUAAGAAGAAGAGAGACCGACUGGUUUCCACCAUCAGCAAUUCUGGCCAAACCAACGAACCAGCGGUCGCCGCGUCAGACGACCUCAGCGUACCUCAGAACAUUGACCUGAUAGCCCUGCCGCAGCUCUGCUUCCCAGAUGGGUUGCGAAUAACCAGUGAGAGCAGAGAAGACGACUAUCAUUUCCUGGUGUUCACGGAUGUGUUUGGGAACCAGACUCAUGGUGUGGUGGCUCAGUACUGCAAACCUGUUCACUUCCAUCCAGAUAAUGGGAUUCAUCAAAAUGGCCAUCGACUGAACAAACUCCAGCGUCUGUUCACCACAUACAGCAUCUGUAUCAUCUCCAAAUAUCCAUAUUAUAACGCCCUCAGAGACUGUCUGUCCAGUUUCUUGCUCCAGCUAAAAACGUCCCGCAUGUGUGAGUUUGAAGAGCAGGUGAAGGAGUUUUCGGCCAAACUGGCGCUGGUGCCCAUCCCGCCUCCUGGACCGCUGCAUGUGGUGUUCAAUCUCAGACCCUUUCAGAUUGAACUUCCCUCCAGACUGGAUGUGGAUCGGCCCGUCAUGGACCUCGAUCUUCACCUGCCGUUUCUGUGUUUCAGACCCGAACAGAUCCUGCAGAUCAUCAGCAGUAUCCUGAUGGAGCAGAGGGUGGUGUUUCUGUCCACCGACUGGGCCAAACUCACGCUAGUCGCCGAAUGCUUCAUGAUCUUCAUUCACCCACUGCGCUGGCAGCAUCCGUUCGUACCCGUCCUGUCUCGCCAGAUGCUGGACUUCAUCAUGGCGCCCACCGCCUUCCUGAUGGGCUGCCACACGUCCCACUUCGAGGAGGUCGCAGAGGAGUUGGAUGAUCUGGUUCUUGUAGACAUUGACCAAGGAACAGUGUUGUCUUUGUGUUCAAACAAACUUGAGCUUCCAGAUGUGCCACUGACAGCCAGAGAUUGUUUUAUAUUUCGAGCUAAAGGGCUUCAGCUUCACUAUGAUCUGGAUGUGUGUCGCGUCGGGAGUCGCACUGACAUCAACGAGCUGCGCGCUCUCAGGAGACAGUGGCAGCACAAAGUCAACACCGUCAUCCUCAACGUCACCAUGGAGCUCAUCGUCAACAUCUUCAGUGAAGUUUGUGACUUCCUGAACUAUGAGCAUCGAGUUUUCAACAGCGAGGAGUUCCUCCGGUCCAGAGAGACGACCGAUCACGAGUUCUACAAGAAGGUUUUAGACACUCAUAUAUUCCACUCAUUUCUACGGGACCGCUUGAACAGGAAGAAUGACGCUUUCACUCACAUGCAGCUGAACAUCCGCUCAGAGACUCGCAGGAUGAGAGCCAUGACAGAGUCUCCUCGCAGACCAGCGAUGGAGGAGAUCCGCAAGUACGUCAGACCAGAGAACGGCCUGAGCAGCAGGCUGGGGGUGAGUAUGCCAAACCUGGCCGACCACCGCCUGCUCACCGUCCCGGUCCGACAGACGUCCAUGAGGACCAUGCCUUUCCACAGCUGUUCCUGGAGUCCCUCAAGGCCAAUCAAAACCUUUAAACUCCCAGAAUUCCCUCCUCCGCUCGCCUACCAAUAUGUUAAGAGUUACUACAAUGAUCUCAUCAAAGAGUUGAGCAAAGCCAUCUCCACGGCAACCCCAGAUGACUCCGCUCUCCUGGCCCGUUAUUAUUACUUACGAGGACUGGUGAACUCUGUUGCCGGGAAGCGCGUGGAUGCCCUCGGAGACUUCCAGAGCUUGUAUAAGACAGACAUGGACAUCUUUCCUGCCGAGCUGCUGAACGCGCUGGUCGAGUCUCUGCCGGCGGAGGAGAGGAGGAUGGCCGAGCGACGCCCCGAUUUGAAGCGUCUGAUCAGCUGGGUGAAAAGAGAGAAUGAACGGGAGCGGGCGCGACCGAUGGAUGGCGGUACGGUGAAGAGAUUCGAACUGCCCAAGAAACACUUGCACAUGGAGGACUUUGUGCGGCGCGUUCAGGAAUCUGGCAUUGUGAAGGAUCAGGACACCAUCCAGCGGCUGUUUGAGGCGCUCACUGUGGGUGUGGAUUCCACUUCCCAGUCUGUGUUUUACCUUGAGCUGGAGGGUAAGCAUAGCUUGCAUGUGCCAUCAGUACUAACAGCAUCACGGCAUGAUGGCACACGUGACGUGAAGAUAUCGUCCGCUCCUUUCCUUCUGCUGAGGAUCCCAGCGCUGAAGAUCAAAACCUCCCUCAGGAAGGAGACGUUCGAGGCCAAUCUGAAGUCGGAGUGUGACCUUUGGCACCUGAUGAUCAAAGAGAUGUGGGCCGGCAGGAAGAUGGCGGACGAUCAUAAGGACCCUCAGUUCAUGGAGCAGGCCUUGACUAACGCUCUGCUGAUGGAUGCUGUGGUCGGCUGCCUGCAGUCACAGAAAGCCAUCUUCGCUGCUACCAAACUGGCCUACUUCGACAAGAAGAAGCUUGAGGUCCCCAUGAUGGUCCCUAAAACAACAUCUGAGACCCUGAAACACAAGAUCAAUCCGUCUCUGGACCAGACGUCACCUCAGGCCGUGGACGUCCUGCUCUACACGCCUGGUCAGCUGGGCGUUUCGGAGUUGGACGGCGGAGGAAACCCAAAGCUGUGGUGCGCUUUGAGCGAUGGGAAGGUGCUGGUGUUCGACGCGGCCAGCUGGUCCAUGCAGCACAACUCUGUUCAAGUGGGAAAGUCCCGUCAGCUGGGCGCUUCGGAGUUGGACGGCGGAGGAAACCCAAAGCUGUGGUGCGCUUUGAGCGAUGGGAAGGUGCUGGUGUUCGACGCGGCCAGCUGGUCCAUGCAGCACAACUCUGUUCAAGUGGGAAAGUCCCGUCUGAAUUGCAUGCUGGCAGUGAACCAGCAGCAGCUGUGGAUCGGCUCAACGGAUUCGUUCAUUUACAUCAUAAACCCGAGGAGCGUUUCCUGCAAUAAACAACUGACAGAGCACCGUGGCGAGGUCACCGGACUCGCCCUGGAGGAGAGAACUGAUAAAUUCAGUCAGACGGUGGCGUACUCGUGCAGUGAAGAUGGCAGUGUGAUCGUGUGGGACGUUACGACGCUGCAGGUCAGACGGCAGUUCAGAGUCUCCUGUAACAGACUGCAGUGCAUCCAGAUCCAUAACGGCAUGCUGUGGUGCUGUGGUCGUGAUUGUCUGCUGGAAGUGCGCAGGAACGGCACGGUUCAUCGUAAGGUGUCUCUUCCAGAUCACCUGCUGAGUUCACCGAGGGGCUUCAGCAGUUUCCUGCUCUUUAACGAGUCGGAGCAGCUGUGGGCGGGUUUUGCAGACGCAGGUGAGCUGUGUGUGUGGCCCUGCAGAGAACUGAACAAACCCUUCAUCAGGAUCCAGCUCAAAGACUGCGCUGGUGUCGUCUGCAUGAUCAAAGUCAAGAACCAGAUCUGGGUGGGCUGCCAGGGGAAGACCCGCGGGAAGAUCUACGUGGUGGACACGGAUCGAUACACGGUGGAGAAGGAGCUGAUGGCACACGACGACAGCGUUCAGACUCUGUGCUCGGCUGAAGAUCGCUACGUUCUCAGCGGAGCCGCGCGGGCCGACGGCAAAAUCGCCAUCUGGAAGGUUGAGUAGAAACCAGCCAGAACGUGUGAUCCGGUUCAGCCUUACAAAACACAAUUUCUCAAUCAGAUAUAAACAUUUAUAGACAAGUGAAGCAUAUCUUCAAAAAUAAGAGACCAUGCAUGACCAUAAAUGCAUAGAUGCAUAGCAUGCAUUUACAGCCAAAUCAUGCAAAUUCUCACAUUCAUAUAUCAUUUGAGCGUUAAUUUGCUUGUUACAUGAAUAUGAAAUGUAAAUAUGGAAGGCAAGGACACUUCUACACUACAUUUAUUAUGAAUUCUUCAGUGUUAUAUCACUAUUUAUGUAUUUCGUUCAUGUCUGAAUAUGAUUUAUGAUGAAGGAUUUCCUCUGGACUGUUAUUUAAUGAGUUCAAGUCCAAAAACAGCAAACUAAUGGAGAUGAAACGUGCCAGUGUACAUGUUUAUUAGUGCACAAAGUCUUGUUUUAAGAUGUUUUAACUGCGUUACAGGCCGGUUAGCUUCACUUUGCACUCGCUUUAUGAAGUACAUGUAUUUUAUACAUGUGAAAACACAUUUGUAUGAAUUUGUGAAUUUUUAAAGGGAUAAUUGUUUGAUUACAUGGUCAUAAAUGAAUAAUGAACACCUGGUGGCAUUUUAGAAAUAUGAGAAUGCACUUUACUCUCCAACACUACUUUUCUUCUUAUAAUAAUAGUAGUCUAGGAUGCAUAACUUUUCAGUAAAGGAACAAUAAGGCUCAUUGAAGAGUAAGUUUUCAAUACCAUAUGACUAUGAAUGAAUAUGACUGAGUUACUGUCUGCAUUCAUAUGUUUCAUAUCAAGAACUUUUGUAAAUAGUUUAUCAUGUAUUAUAUCUAUAUUUAUCUAUGCAAAAUCCAUUUUAAUGGCCAUAAUGGUUUUAUAUUGAAACAUUUCACUUCUGCGUUUGUUUAUAAAUGUCAUUUUGAAGA